UAUGUAACGGUCGAAGUCAAGAAGCAGAAUACCAAGACCCCCAUGAAGACCCCUCUGAAGACCCCUGCAAAUUCACACAUGCACUCCACCUCAAAGAAACGCGGUGGGAUGGCCGGUGUCAGGGGCCCAGCUGAGUUCGACAAAGAUACUCUGCACUUGUAUGUGAUAUCUGCACAUAAACUAUAUAUACCUGUCGAU